UUGUUGUGACGUUUCUUGGUCGUUUGCACUUUGAGUUAAUUUUGCAAAUAAAAAUUAUAAUUUAGUCAUUGUCGUCAACCUUAAAAAUAUUCUUAUUCUAUAAGUGGGAUUACUGAAGAAAAGAUGAAUUUCACACUAGGACAACCUACAACAACCGCGGGCAAUACAUUUGGCAAAAAUACCGCAUCAGGGACAAUGUUUGGGGGUGGCGAUGCUACAAAAUCUUUUCAAGCUGGUGCUGCUACAGAUAACAAACCAAAUCUGUUUAGCGGCCAAGCAACAUCAGCAUUUGGUGGCUUUAACUUUGGAGCAAAAACUACAUCUUCAACGAGUAUAUUUUCUUCAACACCUGCUUCUACAACUGCCAGCUCAGCAUUUGGAACGAACAAAACCCUAGCAUUUGGUGCAUUCAAUGCCCCACCUGUUCAAACAGUUGGUAGUCCAGGAUUCGGUCAGCCCCAAAAACCGGCAGAGCAACCCCAGGCAUUUGGUGCGAGUCCACAAGCGGCACCUGCCUUUGGUUCACCGGGUACACAAGCACCAUCAUUAUUUGGAUCCCCAUUCGCCAAGCCUAGUGGUGGGCUUUCCACACCACCUGGUUUCCCGGCUCCACAACCAAAUACUGCUACAACAUUGGCAGCUCCGCAAACAACACAAGCUUUUGGCCUAGGUACUGCAACAACACAAGCCACGGCCACAUCUAGCUUUGGUCAAUCGUUUGGAUCAAAGCCGUUUAGCUUCGGAUCUACUACUGCAGCCGCUACCACAGCACCAGCACCAGCCUUUGGUACACUAACAACGUCUCCCGGAUUUGGUUUUGGUCAAACACAGGCCACUCAACAACAACUGCCACAACAACAACAGCCGCAACAACAGCAGCCACAACAACAGCAACAAUUGUUGAACUUAGGAACACCCACAACACAGCAAUCCACACAACAAACUGGUCUCAACUUAUCAGGACAAUUUACCUCUCCUUUUGGAAGUCAAGCUUCAACCGGUUUUGGUAGCACUCAGCCUAUCAGUUUUGGAUCUACAGCUUCACCAGGCUUUGGCGCAACAACUCAGCCACCUGCUUUUGGCUCGACUCAAGCACAAACACCUGCUUUUGGAGCAACUCAAGCUCAACCGCCUGCUUUCGGAUCAACUCAAGCUCAAUCACCAGCUUUUGGAGCAACUCAAGCUCAACCUCCUGCUUUCGGAUCAACUCAAGCUCAACCACCAGCUUUUGGAUCUACUCAAGCUCAAACAUCUCAACCUAGUUUCGGAACAACUCCCGCUUUUGGCUCAACUCAAACUGCUCAAACUCCAGGCACAACUCAAACAACUCAAGCUGCGUUCAGUACAGCUCAAACAACUCAAUUAUCUUUUGGUACAACUCCAACAACUCAAACAUUUGGGCAAGCUGCAGGAGCUCAAUCGUUUGGAACAUCAGCAAAUCAAAAUCUCGGAGCAGCUCCCGCUUACAGUACAACUCCUCAAAAUCUAGGAACAACCUCAGCAACGCAAGCUUUUGGAGCGACUACAACUCCAGCUUUCGGAACAGCAACAACUCAAAAUCUUGGAACAACUACAACAACCCCCGCUUUCGGCGCACCACAGACCAGCAUAAGUUUUGGUGCGAAGCCUCAAACAAGCCAACCAUUGAGUUUCGGAACAACUCCAUCCUCUUUUGCAACGACGACUCAACCUGCGUCAACUUUAGCGUUUGGCACUCAAUCUCAACCUGUCUCAUUUGGGACUACAGCUCAAACUACUCAAGCAACAACUCUGAGCUUCGGUACAGCACAAACUAGUCAAGCGACCAGUUCGACGACUGCACCCGGGUUUGGAUUUGGGACAUCAACUUCGGCUAGUACUACAUCAACUGGACUUGGCUUUGGAACUGGACUAUCUUUUGCUAAACCAACCUCAACGGCUGCUACUUCUGGGACUACGUCUGCCACCGCGCCCUCUGGUAUAUUAGCUCUUGGGAAAUCUACAGCCACAACUAUGCCCACACUUAGCGCAGUUACUACAACUGUAGCGGCAGCACCCCCCGCAGUUGUAUCAUCGAUAACGUUCUCACAACUAGAGGAGAGCAUCAACAAGUGGACGCUGGAGUUAGAGGAGCAGGAGAGAACCUUCAUCAACCAGGCCACGCAGAUCAACGCAUGGGACCGGCUCUUAGUCGCCAAUGGAGAGAAGAUUCUAGAACUAAACGAUGCUGUGGAAACAGUAAAGAAUGAACAAACCGGUCUUGAACACGAGCUGGACUUUGUGCUGGCUCAACAGAAAGAGCUGGAAGCCCUUUUGGCGCCGCUAGAGAAACAACUUCAAGAAGACUCAGGCGAUAGAAUGAAAGACCCCGAGAGAGAACACAUGUAUUCACUAGCUGAGACUCUAGACACACAACUCCGUCAAAUGUCAGAAGAUCUGAAGGAAGUCAUUGAACACCUCAAUGAAACCAACAGGAGUCAGGAUAGCAAUGAUCCAAUUGUUCAAAUAGGGCGUAUACUAAACGCUCACAUGUCAUCAAUGCAGUGGAUAGACAACUCGAUAGCGCAGAUUUCAACGAAACUGGAUACGCUCAAAACGACGCACGACACUCUGCGGCGGGACAAUGAACGAUCAUUCCAACUCACUUAUAAUUAGAUUUUUAUUUUUGUUAUUUACGGAUUAAUGUAAUUAGGAAAAGCUGCCUGGUGAUUUUUUCAAGAAACUACAAAAUAUUUCCAAAUGAUCAACUUUGAUUAACAGAAUUAGGGCGGUUAAACUAUCAAUGUCAAGAAGACUUCCAUAACGAUUUUUAAAUAACGGUUUUUUAUCUUGGGGAGUGUGAAAUCAUUUAUGGGGCAAGUUUAGCCCAGAAAUAGAAUACAUGUGACUAAUGAGAUGAUUUUAUUUAGUAAUCACAUGCAUUUCAAUUUUAGUUGUGUCCAAAAGAAUGGAAUAAUCUUACCACAGAUAUGAAAUAAGCCAAAAAUAUUUUUUUACUUUAAACUUCCAUUUAAAUGUUGUGCAUGUUGUUGAUUAAUACAAUUAAUGGUAUAUUGCUAUAAUAUGAAUGACAAUUUUGAGUAUUUAAGAAAAUAUAUUAUACUCUAUAAUAUAUUACCGUUCAUUCAUAUUAUUGUUUUAAGAAUGAUUUGUGGCAAAUACACCUAUUGAUAAAUAAAUAGAACAAAGAAAGGACAGUGUCAUCAUUGUCUGUACAUUUAUUAAAAUUACAAAUAAAUAAUUUGUUAUAAAUUA